AAAGUCGGGUGUCUUUUAUGAAUAAUCAAAAGCAGCAAAAGCCAACGCUAUCAGGCCAGCGUUUUAAAACUAGGAAAAGAGAUGAAAAAGAGAGGUUUGACCCCACUCAGUUUCAGGACUGUAUUAUUCAAGGUUUAAAUGAAACUGGCAGUGAUUUGGAAGCAGUAGCAAAAUUCCUUGAUGCUUCUGGAGCAAAACUUGAUUAUCGCCGCUAUGCAGAGACACUCUUUGACAUCCUGGUGGCUGGUGGAAUGCUGGCCCCAGGUGGUACCCUGGCAGAUGACAUGAUGCACACAGAUGUCUGUGUGUUUGCUGCACAAGAAGACCUAGAAACAAUGCAAGCAUUUGCUCAGGUCUUUAACAAGCUGAUCAGGCGAUACAAAUACCUGGAAAAAGGCUUUGAGGAUGAAGUUAAAAAGUUGCUGCUCUUCUUGAAAGGUUUUUCAGAGUCUGAGCGGAACAAACUGGCCAUGCUGACGGGUAUUCUUCUGGCCAAUGGGAACCUUAAUGCAUCAAUUCUCAACAGCCUGUAUAAUGAGAAUCUUGUUAAAGAAGGUGUUUCAGCA